AUGCUAGACUAUCUCGCAAUCCUUGGCGUCUUUGUGGCAAGCCUACUCCUGCUUCUCUUAGUGUUUCCAAUUCUGGCCAAGAACAGAAGCGCAGCUGCAAUCUUCUGGCACAGUGUCCUAAAAGAGAAAAUGGCACAGUACAUAACCGGAAAAAGCAAAGAGGAGCGAAUUCUAGAAUUUGUGUUGCAUAAUGCUGUGAAAGGUGAUCCAAAGAGUGUGGUGGAUACGAUUGACAAAUACUGCUGGGAGAAGGAAUGGGCGAUGAAUGUAGGAGAUGAGAAAGGUGUAAUCUUGGACAAAGUUGUAAAAGAGACAAACCCAUUAUCUGUGCUGGAGCUGGGGACAUACUGUGGUUACUCGGCUCUGCGCAUGGUCUGUGUGCUCAAACAUGGUGCUCGUUUACUGACCAUCGAGUUCAAUCCAGCCAAUGCAAGCAUUGCAAAGCAGAUCUUCCGUUUUGCUGGAGUUGAGGACAAGGUGGAGAUCUUAGAAGGUUCAUCUGGGGAUAUUAUUCCGCAACUGAAGAAGAAGCAAGAAGUGGAGACUCUAGAUUUUGUUUUCCUCGAUCACUGGAAGGACAGAUAUCAACCUGACACACAACUCUUGGAGGAAUGUGGUCUGCUGAGAAAAGGCACUGUUCUGCUGGCAGACAAUGUCAUUACACCAGGAGCCCCAGAAUUUCUACAGUACGUACGCAACAAUCCCCGCUAUGAGUGCACACACUAUGCCUCAAAUUUGGAAUAUACAAAGAUUAAAGAUGGAAUGGAAAAGGCUAUUUUCAAAGGUUAA